AAGACGCCGAAGAAGACAUUUCGACGUCACUCCGCGAGGCGCCAGAUUUGGAAAGCGUCGCGUUGGCAGCGGACAAUAUUUACACGACUUUACAGACAAACGAGCUGGAGCCACAAUGUCCGAAGAGUGCGGCUACUCUCCCGGCUUCAAACGACCAUCGGAAAUUAUGCGAAUGCGAAGGAAAAGAACCCGCAGCGAAGCGUUCUCGAAGCCGAGCGGCGACGCCGAGCAAAGCGCCUCGUCGUCGGCGUGUGUCCGGCCCUUCUCACCCGGGCCGCUUUUUUCCAACACCCGGAGCCGCUCCGGUGGGGUGAAACGCAGGAACCCGUUCGCCAGCAUUGAGAACCGACACAGCCCGAGGAAGAAGCUCUUCGUUUAUAACGACGACGACGAAGGAGCGGGCGGCCGAAAGCCACAAAGAAGAACGACGAGGGACGACUUGGCUUUCUCACAAUUGAUGGACAAAGUAGAAAACCGGAACGACAAUCGGAAGGGUUCGUCUCCCUCUGAAGAUGACUCUCUCUUUGAGGAAAGCGAGGAAGAUGUUAAAACACCACUGCAGAAGAGCCCCCAGGGCAUUUCUCCUCUCUCCAUAGCGCCCCCCGUCUGCACAGAGUAUCCGGCCGACUGGAGCUUGAAGACUCGCCUCCUUUUUACAUCCUCGCUGUCGCUGUCUUGGUCUGAACAGCCCAAAGCUCAGGAGGAAGCCCUGGGGCUCAGCCAGCACUGCCGAGCGCAGUUUAAUACAUUGCCGCACAAUCUACAGGAUCCGAAGUCAUGCACAGCGCUUCGCUGUGCCUUCCAGCAGAGUCUGAUCUAUUGGCAGCAUCCCAGCCUGUCUUGGGUGCCGCUGUUCCCCAGGAUCAACGCAGAGCGAAGGUUUGCUGGAAAGAACGCCCCCUGGGCACAAGAUGCGGAACUGCGGCGGGGUCUAAUGAGUGAAUGGUCAGCCAGUCUUUCGUCACUCUACAGUCUACUAAAGGCCAGACUGUGUCCCUACUUCUACGUCUGCGCCUAUCAGUUCACAGUGUUGUUCCGGGCGGUUGGUCUCGGAGGCUCAAGCAGCAUUAAUGCGCUGGUUUCUCCCACCACCAGAGGCCUCCGGGAGGCCAUGCAGACAGAAGGUAUCGAGUUUAGUCUGCCUCUGGUGGAGGAGGAAAGGACGGCGAGCAAGAGCAGAGAGCAACAAAUUGUUUGUGGCGAGGAGCGGCAGCAGAAAGAUAGCUCAGAGCACGGGUGCUGCUCGGAUGACCCCGACGGUGAUGACAACGAUGAGGACAGAGGAAGCAGUCUCUCAUGGUUGGAGGAGAUAGGAGUCCAGGACAAGAUCAAGAAGCCAGACAGUAUCAGCAUCCAACUUCGUGAGGAGGGCCGAGCGGUGAGCGUGGACCACAAGCCGGAGUCUGUGGUGUGCGUGGAGGGGCCGCACACGUUCACGCUCGUCAACUUCCUGAUCAACUGCAAGAGUGUGGUGGCGGCGGCCGGUACUCAGGCGGGCCUACCCCCGACAUUACUGGCCCCCGUUGCUUUUAGAGGCGCUGCAAUGCAUUCGCUAAAGGCCCGCUGUGUGAAUGUGAAGAGCCAAGUUGGUUCAACCUACCAGAACAUCAGCAGUAUGGAGAUAACAGGACCUGUACUGCCAUCCUCGCUACACGCCAUAACAACUCUGCUCCGGCUCGCACAGAAAGGAAACUUCUCGGCCGUUCUUUACACGCAUGCGCCCACGGCCAUUCUGAACACUCAUGGAACCACGUGUGCGAGUGGGUCAGCGGACCUGUCUGCAUUUGGCCUUCAUCCGGCCUCCAUCCAGCAGCUGCAGCAACCGUCCAGCCUCGGAAAGACGGCACUCGCACAGAUCACUAUGAACAAUUACAGUUACACCUGGAAGAAGUGAUUCAGUUCAGCGUCGUGUUGUUUGGGCCAUGGUAUCGUCUUCUGGUUUUGUUGCUCAAAUGAAAGUGCAUUGACAUAAUACUCAAAACAUUGACUUAAUUGCUUGAACUACUUAAUAUUUUUUUUCAUUAUUUUUUUCUUGAAUUUUGUCAAGACUAGUUUGUGUAUAGGCAGCACACUGGAUGAACGGUGAGCAUAUUAAGUGCCUCACAGUUCUGAGGUUCCAACCUCGGCUGCAGCCUUCCUGUGUGGAAUUUGCAUGGUCUCCCUGGUGCUUCUGUGGGUACCCUGGCAUCCUCCCAUACUCCAAAAACAUACAUGUUAGGUUCACUGAAAACGCUAAACUAUCUCUCCACGUUUUACACCAAGUACCACAAACAAAACACAAUAGCGUGCUAAGCCUUAGUGUUUAUCAAAAAUGACAGCAAAGUUUCUCCUAAAAGUAUAUUUAAGCUACUAUUACAUUAUGGGAAGUGCGGGACGACUUAAUUAAGUGCAAAUGUAUUAUUGAAUGAAUGUACAGUGCAAGCAGUGAUUAUUUUGUGUACCACUGGAGGAAGCCUGUGUGCCACUCGUAACUGCUCUAAAUUUUCCGUUGGGCUGAAUGCGAGCGCGAAUGCUUGUCUGCAUGUGCCUUGCAAUUGAUGGGCGACCAGUCCAGGGUGUAUUUCAUCUCUUUCCCAAAGUGAGCUGGGAUAGGCUCCACCUCACCUGCGGCCCUAAUGAGAACAAGCAGAUUGUAUGUGUACUAUAUAAAUUUAUAUACAAAUAAAUGUUGCACUGUUUUCUAUUCAAAUUAUAAGGGUAGCUAUAAAAUCUGCAGUAGCUUCUUUAUUUCUUAUGCCACUUUAAAAGCUUACAUUUAACUUCUCAAAUGACAAGCAAAUAUUAU